AUGCGUUCUGUGCCACGGCGCUGGAUCAGGCGCCAUAACCCCCUGGACAGUGCCUGCGGUGCCACGUUAUACCCACGCAGCGUUUUUCUGGAGACGUGGAUAGCGGAUGGUGGAUGGUGGAGCAUCGCCUGCGUGGACGCGCAGCAUCAUCGCACUGGCAUCACCCUCCUCCUCCUCCUCCUUCAGAGCACGAGCUUUUGCCGCUUGAAAAAAGAAGACAGAGAAGAAGAAGAAGAUAUUUCGGUCCCGUCCCCCGCUCCCCCCACCUCUCUCUCUCUCUCUCUCUCUCUCUCUCUCUCUCACACACACACACACACACACACACACACCGGGGCAUUAACACUGGAACUGGUCGCAGGGUUUACCGGAAUGGCUCGCUGGGGAUUUUAUGGCAUUUUGAUGGGGCUCCUGAAGCUCGGCUCUUCUUGUCCUACAUCUUGUUCCUGUAACACCUCGAGGAUCGCGUGCAUCUCUGAGGAUCCAGGAAUCGAGGAUAUUCCUCUCUUGGUGCCCGAGACUGACAUGGAAAACAUCACCGACAUGUAUAUCGCGAAUCAAAAUGGACUAUUUGAACUCAACGAGGACUGCAUGAAGUUUUACACAAAUCUCAGGAAUUUAACAAUAAUCAACACUCAACUGAAGACUGUAUCUACAACAGCCUUCGUCUACAACUCCAAACUUCAGUAUUUGAAUCUCAGAGACAACAGACUGUCAACGCUGUCAUGGACGGCGAUUCGUAAUUCCAACAUGUCAACUCUGCUGCUGGCUGGGAAUCCGCUGAAGUGUACAUGUGAGAACAUGUGGAUCAAGUCGUGGUUGGAUUUGAGUGAGCGAGAUCAACUCCAGUGUCGGCAGGAAAGCGGGAGACUGAGGACCCUCUCCAAUAUCACUGUCCCUUCAUGCGAGUUUCCACAGGUAGAGGUUGUCCCUCCUGUCGUUAGCCAGAUGGCAGGAAGUGAUGCAAUAGUGAUGUGUAGCGCUUCCGGAUCUCCUGCUCCUAUGCUUUUCUGGAAUUUGAACACCACUGAACAGCCACUACUUUCAACCAACCAUGAGGUGAACACAGUUGACCUGCAGUCUAUGUUGUCGCUGAGGAACCUCUCCCACAGCGACAAUGGCCGAGAGAUCACUUGCAGCGCUGAGAAUAUUGUGGGUCAGACUGAAGCCUCUGUCGUCCUCAAUAUCCUCUUCUCUCCGAUUAUCCUGGACCUGGACACGCCCGUGCGCAAACAGGAUUGGUGCAUCCCAUUCAGUGUGACGGGGAACCCCAAACCUGAGCUGCUGUGGUACCAUCAGGGCCAACCCCUGGAGGAGCAGGAUUACAUCAAGACUCAGAUCCACGAGGUGAUGGAGAGUGAGUACCAUGGCUGUCUGGAGCUUGAUAUCCCCACGCACAUUCACAAUGGUGUCUACACGCUAGUGGCCACCAACGAGUAUGGCAAGGACCAGAGGAACGUCACCGCGCACUUCAUGUUGAUCCCUGAAGUGGACCAGUCAGGGGCAGGUGGGUGGUUCUACUAUGACACCACUGACGUUCCAGAAAUCCCAAGAAGUCAAGAGGGCAAAGUGGCCGUUUAUGCUGUGGUGGGGAUCGCUGGGGUUGCGCUCACUGGGUGUGUCUUGAUGCUGAUCUUUCUGAAGUAUGGUCGAAGCUCAAAGUUUGGGCUGAAGGGGUCCUCCUCAGUAAUCAGUAAUGACGACGACUCAGCCAGCCCACUCCACCAUGUCUCCAAUGGCAACAACACACCGUCGUCCUCCGAGAUGGGCCCAGACGCUGUCAUCAUCGGCAUGACCAAGAUCCCGGUCAUCGAGAACCCACAGUACUUCCGUAUUCCUGGCAGUGUGCUGAAAUCGGACACUUUUGUGCAACAUAUCAAGCGGCACAACAUAGUCCUGAAGAGAGAACUAGGAGAGGGAGCUUUCGGGAAAGUGUUCCUAGCCGAGUGCUACAACUUGUCACCAGACCAGGAGAAGAUUUUGGUAGCUGUCAAGACCCUGAAAGAGGCGAGUGAGAGUGGGCGGGCCGACUUCCACAGAGAGGCGGAGCUUCUGACCAACCUGCAGCACGAGCACAUCGUCACGUUUUACGGUGUGUGUGUGGAGAGCGAUCCCCUCAUCAUGGUGUUCGAGUACAUGAAGCACGGAGACCUCAACAAGUUCCUCAGGGCUCACGGUCCAGAUGCAAUUUUAAUGGCAGACGGACAGCACAGUUUGAUGGUGGAGCUGACUCAGUCGCAGAUGCUGCACAUUGCUCAGCAGAUCGCAGCCGGCAUGGUGUAUCUGGCCUCGCAGCAUUUCGUUCAUAGAGAUCUGGCCACACGCAACUGCCUGGUGGGGGAGAAUCUGCUCGUGAAGAUCGGAGACUUCGGCAUGUCCAGAGACGUGUACAGCACAGAUUACUACAGGGUGGGUGGUCACACCAUGCUGCCCAUCCGCUGGAUGCCUCCCGAGAGCAUCAUGUACCGGAGGUUCACCACGGAGAGUGACGUGUGGAGUUUGGGCGUGGUCCUGUGGGAGAUCUUCACCUACGGCAAGCAGCCCUGGUACCAGCUCUCCAAUAACGAGGUGAUCGAGUGUAUCACACAGGGCCGGGUUCUGCAGAGGCCUCGCACCUGCCCCAAAGAGGUAUACGACCUGAUGCUGGGCUGCUGGCAGCGUGAACCGUACAUGAGACUCAACAUUAAAGAGAUUCACAAUCUGCUCCAGAGCCUGGCCAAGGCCUCGCCUGUUUAUCUGGACAUCCUGGGCUGAAUGUCUGCGUGAGUGUGUGUGUGUGUGUGUGUGUGUGUGUGUACAAAAAAUUGGGCGUAAAUGUUCUUGCUUGUGCUUCUGCCUCUUUACCACAUAGACUAAAGGCCUUAAAGUUGAUCGCAUACAUUUCUGCCAAUUUUUUUGGGACAUCCGUAUCCUCUCUGCUUCGAAUUGUUUUUUUGGGUUUUUUUUUGAGUCGUGUGUGUUUCGACGGCGAACAAAAGGGAAAUCGGGCCGAUCGUUGUAAAUACUCCUGGACGGUUUUUUCCCCCCUCAUCGCAGUGACUGGAGGAAUGAUUAGCCGAAGUACAAGCAAAACUAAAAGCAAAAAAAAAAAAAAAAAAAACAUUUAAAAACAGAAAAGGCUGAUGCUUAAGUGUCCGAGAUGACAGACAUUUGUGAAACGUGGACAGUUUGGAAAAAGGGAAGCCAUUUUUCGUGAAAUUUAGCUAUAGACGGUCCUUUGUUGCCACCGUGAUGCCAUCUUCCCCCCUCCCCGUUCUCCCUCCUUAAUCUACACCUCCAAAAGAAAAUAAAAAAAAAUGGAGAAAUCUCAAUUUAGAGUCACGGAAGGCUCAUUUAUUAGCACAACUUUGUCGCUGUCAUGGCCGCCAGUGUGGACUGCAAGACAACUGCUCAAGCUGGAAGGCCACCAGAAUGCGUUCUUCUUUUAAAAAUUGUUGUUCGGAUUAAGAAAUAACGAUGGAGUGAUUUUUUUUUGUUGUUGUUGUAUUUUUAACCGAAGCACAGUGGGAAAAUAUCGAAAAGUCUUCAUUCUGGUUAACCGCCACUGUAAAGCAGUUGUGCAGAUGUCAGGAUGGCGAUCGGUUCAUCUCUUUAUCGUCUAUCUUUUUUUAUGGUUUUUUUUUGUGGUUUUUGGUGAGAGCACAGUAGCCAAAGUCACCAGCAGUGGAACUCCAUGUGAACGGUGAACGGACUGCCCCUAAACACAAGGGACUAAAUCAAGGUCAGGGCCGUAGUCCUGGUCUGGUGGUUCCAGCAAUGACACGAUGAGAGGAGACUCAGUGGCAAAAAAAACGUCACCACAUUAAUAUUCCAUAGUGUUUUUAAUUGUUUGUUUUUUUUUGGAAUGACAGACAUGUCUAACUAAUACAAGGAGAUGGAUUUCAUUUGCACUUAUGAUUCUAAUCAUACAUCAUAAAUAAUUACUAUCGGUUUUUAUAGGCUCUGUUAUUUACUAUGGAAAAAACCUGCUUUAAAUGUGCCCUUUGCUAUGUUUUUUUUUUUUUUUGUGAUUUGAAAGCGGGCAGUUUGAAA